AUGACCAACCCAUCCCAGCUCUUUCUUGUCGCCGACCACAUCAAACUCUCUCUGCUGGAGCGCCAGCGAGCCAUUUCACUCGAUCUUGAACCCAAUGCGCAGGAUGGGGAGAUCUCGCGCUCUCUCGAGUCCCUCCAGGAGGGCAUCCAGGGCUUGGAAGCCGAACAGGCCCGGCUGGCCGAUUCCCACGACAGCGCCGGUGCCGCCGCGCUGAAAGACCAACUUGCGCCACUACAAGCCCAAUUCCGAGACCUUUCAUCUCAAUUCUACGGCACGGAGAAUGCUCCCUCGCCCGCCAACCCGCCUCCCGUCUCAUCGCCCGACCUCAAACAACCAGUCCCCCAACACCCCCCAUCCAAAUCCGUACGAUUCAUGGACAACUCGGCCGCAGCAGCCGCAGUACAAGAAGAGAUUGACGAGGAAGAGGAUCGCAACCGGCAAAACCUCUUCCGACCGUACCGGGACGAGCCCUCACCGCCGGGGGUCGACCAUUCCAACAGGGACAACCAGCAGAUAUUCGACCACCACUCGCAGGUGAUGCGCGAUCAGGACGACCAGCUGGAUCGGCUCGGGGAGUCGAUCGGGCGGCAGCACCAGCUGAGUAUCCAGAUCGGAGACGAGCUGGAUGGCCAUGUUGCAUUGCUGGAUGGAAUGGAUGGCGACGUGGAGCGUCACCAGACGCGGCUGGAUGGCGCCAAACGGCGGCUGGAUCGAAUCCGGCGCCGGGCUGGCGAGAAUUGGAGCAUCAUGACGAUUAUUGGGCUCAUCAUCAUCCUGGUCAUUCUCAUUGUGAUCUUGAAGUGA